AAUAGAAGUGUGGGUCUCGAUUAAUACUGCUACGUACGCUGGCAACAUCGGUCUUUGAAGGUCAAUAUUUGACAAAUGGCCGUGCAAGACAAUCUGUCACUUUCUUUUCGAAGGAAUAAACAUUGCGAGCCGUUUAUAUUUUUAUAUCAAACAAUGGAUGAAAUAUGUAGAUUAUGCUGCUCUACAAAAUUCGUUAACAAUAAUUUAUUUGACGAAGAGAACGCUUUGUACUUAAAAAUGUCUCUUUUCUUGCCGAUAAAGGUGGUGCGGAGCGACCGGCUGCCGCAGCGUGUGUGCGACCGCUGCAGCUGCAGGGUCAACGACCUAUACCAGUUCUGCAAUGAGACAAUCGAGGUGCAGCAUAGGCUACGCGCCAUCUUGCAGACCUCUGGUCUACCAGUGGAUGACAUCGACCUGACGCUCGUCAAGGACAGCUCUCGCUGCGAGGCAUCCACACAGACCGAGCCUCUCCCUCCACCGCCACAAAUACCCCCCGAUCCGCCUGUCAAAAAGGAGCCAGAGCUCGAAACGCAUGUCAAAGUAGAAGUAGAUGACUCCGUAUACGACGACGCGCAUGUGCCAUCCGACAACAGUGACGACUUGUCACUCGUUAGCUUAAAGAAGAAAAAAAAAGUCAAGCAGGAGAUCCAGGGCACGGAGAAGCGGGGGAGGAAGAGGAAGAAACAACUUAAGGAGUGGAACCUGCUGAUGGGGCAGCUGCCGGGCGAGCUGCCGCUGCCGCCGGUGCCGGUGAAGCGGGAGCCGGAGGAGCUGCCGGCCGACGUGCUGGUCAAGCGCGAGCCGGACGAGGACAAGUUCGACUGCUGCAUCUGCUUCGCGCAGUGCUGCAGCCGCGGGGAGAUGCUGCAGCAUUACAGGUUCGUUGGAUGCCGCUUCAUAAUCUGCAUUAUACCUAAUAGGCAGCACGGCGCGCAGGCGGGGCGCGAGGCGCCGCCCCCCGCGCCGCCCGCGCCGCCGCCCGCGCCGCCCGCGCGCCCGCUGCGCUGCCCGCGCUGCUCCAAGAUAAUGGAGGCAGACGCGUGGGCGGCCCACUGGCUCCGGCACUGGGACAGAGACCGCCGGCCCUACCGCUGUGCGCGCUGUGAGAAGACCUUCCGCGACCACCAUCAGAUACUCAAACAUGGACUCACACACAAGGGCGAGGCGGAGGGCGCGGCGCCGGGCAAGCGCUUCGUGUGCGAUUUGUGUCCUGAAGGCUUCGUUUAUAUGAGGUACCUGCUGGCGCACCGCACGCGCGCGCACCCGGAGGCGGCGGCGCGCGCGCUGGCGCUGCGCUGCGCGACCUGCGCGCGCCAGUUCGCGCACCUCAACUCGCUGCGCCGCCACCUGCGCGCGCACAGCGGCGAGCGCAACUUCCUCUGCUCCGUGUGCGGCAAGGCGCUCUCGUCCAGGGAGCAUCUCAAGUUUCACUUGCGGAUACACGCGGGGUAUAAACCUAAUGUUUGCGGGACGUGUGGAAAGGGUUUCGUGAAGAAGUGCAACUUGACCCUGCACGAGCGCGUGCACUCCGGCGAGAAGCCCCACGUGUGCAGCCACUGCGGGAAGGCCUUCAGCCAGCGCUCCACGCUCGUCAUACACGAACGGUACCACAGCGGCGCGCGGCCCUACGUGUGCGCGCUGUGCGGGCGCGGCUUCGUGGCCAAAGGCCUGCUCUCCAUGCAUCUCAAGACCACCUGCAUCUAGCCCUCCCUCACACGCCACACGCCAUCUCAUUCGUGACAUCUAGAAGGUGAUUUGUCCAAGAAUGGCUCCUUAACUGACUCCGAUUACAGAAUAUUAUCGUGGUAAUUUAGCACGAUGGUUCCGCGGCUGUGGUUGAUAUUAUAUUUUAAUAUUGUAUUAACAGUGAUGUGAUAGGCCCUUAUCCAUAACACUUUACAAGCCUCAAUUAGAUUUAUGUUUUAUCCCUUUCUCACCAAUACGUCAGUCAAAAUGGGUUACCUAUCUCAACUUCGAAAUAUGUUUGCCCGAUAUUUCAUUUGACCGAACGCGUUUUUUAUGAAAACCGUUGAAUUUUUAAGAGGGUUACCAAUUUAGCCUAACCUAACCCAAUGGCUUCUCCAGGAUGCCUUAAAUUUAACGGUUUCUGAAAAAAAAAAAAAACAAUGGGUUGCACUCCGGGAGUGCCAGCAGAAGUGAAAACUUGAAUAUUAACGUUGUGCAUUUUUGAUAUUUGGGAAUAAUUUUGCACGAAUUGCUUUAAUUAACAGUAUAAAACUACUAUAAUUUAUGGAGUAAAAUACAAUAUUCAUUUAUUGCGCUAUCGUACACAAACAUAACAAUUUAUAUUGCAUUAAAAAUGUAACACUUCAGAACUAUUACAAUUAUUUAACAUUAAAAAGUUUAUGUCUCAGUAAAAUCAACUUCCAUCCAUAAUUUCAACGACUCUUACACGAUCAUCAUUACUGGAACCAUCAUGGAGUUUUUGAAUCUGUCGGUCACGUGACCUGUCGCGAGUUUAAUAUUUUUUCCCAUCACAAAAAGUGCACAGCGCCGCUAGUUUUAACUUAAAAACAAAUGUGUUCGGACAAAUGAAAAUUCGUCAAAUGAAACAUCGGGCAAACAUAUUUCGAAGUUGAGAUAUAUAAUGUUACCGUCAAAAUGACAGAUAAACGAUUACCUAAUAGCUCCUUGAGGCUUGUAUAGAGCGUUUAUGAAUAACGCCGUAACUGUGUCGAUGCAUAUCAAUCUUGUAUUAAUUUAACUGCACGCUAUAAUUAUAAUAAAAUUAGUGAAUUAUUUUUACACGUAAUGGAAGUCAAAUGUAUAUACCAAAUUUUAACAGAAUAGGAGUUUCGAUAUGUGUCGAUGCAAUUCUGUGAAUGUUCCUGGCGGUACUUAGAUAAAAGUACAUAUAUAUUAUGGAAUCUACAGACGCAGUAAUUUGUUGGCAUAACUAUAGUUCGUUUUUUUUUGCAUUAGAAAAAAGGUAAACAAUCUUGACACGUCUUUUUAUUGAAAAACAUUUUUUUGAAGUGAAAACUUCUUUAGCGGAGCUGUCCACUUUUUGUGAUGGGGAAUGGGGAAAUGUUAAACUCGCGACAGGUCACGUGACCAACAGACUCGUCAGAUUGAAAAUUCAUAAGACGGACACGUGACCUGAUCGAAAAACGGUUACAAUGUCAUUGAAGCCAGUAGACCGCCGGCGCGGCGUAGAACAGGAAGUAUCCCCCUCUCUUUCUACCGCGCGGCGAAAAUGUAUGCAUAAAUAAUAGUACUCUUAUACUGAUAAAGCAAUUCGUGCAAAAUUAUUCCCUAACCAUUCCAAAAUAUCAAAAAUGCACAACGUUUUCACUUCUGCCGACACUCCCGGAGUGCAACCCGUUGUUUAUUUUACGCCUAUGGUUCAACUCAAAUUGUUGUGUCUGUAGGUUCCUUUAAUAUUGCAACCGUUUGUUAGAUAUACUAUAGAUAAUGUAAAAUAUAGUUAACGGUCCAAAAGUCACUUAGUCUGGUUUUCCGUUUGCGAUUACUUUCACGAUAAAGAAAACCAGGUACACUAGGUAC